ACCUAUUUUUGCUUGUUCUUCUUCUUGCUGAACUUUCUGGAAAGACCCUAAGUCUUCAAAGAUGUUACCCUCCAUAUAAAAACAUCAAGAAGUUGAAUUUAUCACACUGUCAUCUAAUGCUCUUUGAACCUAUAAUCCUAGGCAACCCUAUAGUAUUAAAGGAAAUUGAUCUCUCGUGUAACAAACUGGAGAGGAUUUCGACUUAUACAUUUGAGGGGCUCACUCUCUUGACUUUUAUAAAUUUAAAAAACAAUAGUAUCACAGCGAUCGAUGAUUAUGCUUUUCAAGAUGCGAAAGAUUUAUUAUUUCUACUUCUCCAAGAAAAUGAAAUUAAGCAUAUUGGCGCCCGAACGUUUGUGGGUCUCUCUAGAUUGUUAGCAUUAGUUUUAAGAAGUAACGCUUUGACAUCAAUUGAAAAUAAUGCAUUUUCUGAUUUGCAAACCCUAACAACAUUAUUGUUACACAGUAACAAACUUACUCUGAUCGAGAAAGACACCUUUACCGGACUAAAGGAUUUAGAAGAUUUGAACAUUUCUAAUAAUUCCAUUACGCGAAUUCUAGCUUGUUCAGCAUCAAAGUCGAAAGUUCCAAGCUUAAGAUUUCUAAAUUUAAAAGAAAAUCCAAUCAAGUAUAUCGGUCCUAAUUCGUUUAGUAAUUCCACAAGAGUCGAGAUAACGCUGGGCGAAGUUUUUUUCUGCUGUGCAAGAAUUCAUUAUCAAAAUAAGCCCUACUUUACCACAAAGAAUUGCACAUAUAAAAAUAAAAUUGAAGACUUUUAUUCGUUUGAUAAAACGAGGUGCGAAAAGGCAGACCUUGCUUUAAAUCACAACACUCGAAAACAAGGAAAGCUGGGGGACCAUCGGGUUGGCAACGGGUCAUCUGACCUUUAGAGUAAUUCUACAGUUGUUGAGUGUGCCCCAAUUAUAGCUU